CUCGCCAUGACGUCACCUGGGUCCUGCUCUCGCUCUCUCUUCCCAUCGCGAAGUCAUUCGCCAAAGACUGUGGACUCACACUAGGCUACAACUGGAUAGUCGGAGCACGCAAAACUACGCCCAUUUGAUGCAUUUAUUUCAAUGGACUUAUUCACAGGACUUUUACAAGAGACUAUGAAAGGCUGUUGACGACUAACUCUGCCAUUGGCUGAAAGGGAACCCAGGAGAGCAGCCUGAGCACAUAGGUUGUGUGUGCAGGGAAAGAACCAACAAUGGCUGCCCAUCGAAUCAGGGCGACCAACAACAUUGCACUGCCGCGCUGCAAGUCAGAGGGGACACUCAUUGAUCUCAGUGAUGGAGUCUCUGAAUCUAACUGCCUCACAGAUGUCAAAGUGCCUUCUCCCAGUGCCUUAAGACUGGACGCCACUGCCUCCUUUGGCACUGCCAGGGAAGUCAUUGCAAUUAAGGAUUACUGUCCCUCCAGCUUUACCACCCUCAAGUUCUCCAAGGGAGAACAUCUCUUUGUGCUGGACACAUCGGGUGGAGAGUGGUGGUACGCCCACAACAGCACUGAGAUGGGUUACAUCCCUGCAGCAUACGUCCAACCUAUCAACUACCGGGACUCCUCAUUCAGUGACAGCGGUAUGAUCGACAGCCUAGGAGACUGCUCUGUUGAGGAGGGAGCCAAGGAGCUGGACCUCCUUGAAGAUUGGACCGGGGUGUUCCUGAAACCCACUGCCCCCCAAAACGGGAACCCCUUUGCCCCCCAUCACCAGCCCCUUAGUCGUAGCGCUACCAACCCUUUCCUCAAUGGAGCCCUUCAGGGUUCGCUGGAUCAGAACAGUAAUGAAAACAGUAAGUCAGUGGAUCUUCUUCUUUUUGACACAGCACCCUCUGUCCCACCAAACCCCACCAGCAGCACUGCCAACAUCAAUGGCUUUGGCAGUGACAUCUUUGAUCUGAACCACAUCAGCCCCAACCUGGGAGUGGGCCAGACCUUACGCAGGGACAACCCAUUCUUCAGGAGCAAGCGAUCCUAUAGUCUCUCAGAACUUUCCAUCCUGCAGGCUCAGAAUGACGCCCCAAAGGCAUCCUCCAGUUUUUUUGGAGGCCUAAAAGCACCUGCGCCUGAGCAGUUCCAGAGCCGAGAGGAUUUCCGGGAAGCAUGGCUCAAUCACCGCAAGCAAGCCAGGUCCUGCCAUGACCUGGACUCCUUGGGCCAGAACCCAGGCUGGGGCCAAACACAGCCGGUAGAGACCAACAUUGUCUGCCGUCUAGACAGCUCUGGAGGAGCUGUCCAGCUUCCAGACACAAGCAUCAGCAUUCACAUCCCUGAGGGCCACGUGGCCCCUGGAGACACCCAGCAGAUCUCCAUGAAGGCCCUGCUGGACCCUCCUCUGGAACUCAACAAUGACCGCUGCACCACUGUGAGCCCCGUUGUGGAGAUCAAACUCAGCAACAUGGAGACCAAAACCACAGUCACCCUUGAGAUGAACGUGUCAGUUGUGGUGAAGAAGGAGAGCAGACAGAUGACAGAGGUCAUGUGUGUGAGGAGUGACUGCAAGGAGGGCCCCUACACUCCAAUCCCACAGGCGUACAUGUAUGGGGACACCGUCCAGGUCUGUCUGGAUUACCUCGAACCCUGCAUGUAUGUGUCUGUUGUAGCCCAGGCACAGUCGGUUGCUCCAGGCACCACAGUUUGGGAUAACGUGGUGAAAAAGGUCACCCUGGGCGUCUAUGGGCCUAAGCACAUUCACCCCUCCUUUAAGACUGUGGUGGCUAUCUUCGGCCAUGACUGUGCCCCAAAGACAUUACUGGUGAGUGAGGUGGGGAGGCAGGCCCACUCUGCUCCUCCAGUGGCCCUUCAGCUCUGGGGGAAGCACCAGUUUGUCCUGGCUAGACCACAGGAUCUUCGGGUCGGGGUUUACUCCAAUAUGGCCAACUAUGAGGUCAAGGACAGUGAGCAGGCCAGGGUGGUCAGGGGGUUCCAGGUCAAACUGGGAAAGGUUAGCCGGCUUGUCUAUAUGAUUGCCUCACGCACUGCUGACGAUGUCUCAGAUUUCACAUUGCGGGUCCAGGUCAAGGAUGACCAGGACUGUAUUCUCGCCCAGUUCUGCGUUCAAACACCAACACCUCCACCCAAGACUGGUCCACGGACGUCUGCGCAGAGGCGCUUCCUGAAGAAGAAGGAAGUAGGGAAAAUUGUUUUGUCCCCUCUGGCAAUCACUAACAAGUAUCCUGUGUUCCAUGACCAACGAAUCCACAACCUGAAGUUUGGUAAAUUUAUCAAAACAGUCAUCCGUCAGACCAAGAACCAAUACUUACUGGAGUACAAAAAGGGGGAUUACGUUGCCCUUCUAAGCGAGGAGAAAAUCAAACUGAAGGGACAGUUGUGGACUAAGGAAUGGUACAUUGGUUACUAUCAUGGUAGGACAGGACUUGUCCAUGCAAAAAAUGUUCUGGUGGUGGGGAAAGUGAAGCCCAUAUACUUCAGCGGUGCUGAACUUACCACUACACUCUUACUGGAGCAGAUACUUAAGCCCAGCAAGUUCCUGACGUACAUCUAUGCCUCUGUAAGGACUAUACUGAUGGAGAACGUAGGAAGCUGGAGGGCGUUUGCUGAUGCCCUGGGUUACGUCAACCUACCACUGACACAUUUCUGCCGUACAGAGCCUGACAGUGAGCCUGAGAGGGUGGCGUCUGUUCUGGAGAAGCUGAAGGAGGACUGCAACAAUGCAGAGGGCAAGGAGAGGAAGUCCUUCCAGAAGGAACUGAUGACUGCAUUGCUGAAGAUGGACUGCCAGGGCCUAGUGGCCAGGCUGGUGAUGGACUUUGUCCUGCUGACCACAGCAGUGGAGGUGGCCGGUCGAUGGAGGGAGCUGGCUGAGAGGUUGGCCAAGGUGUCCCGUCUGCAGAUGGAUGCAUAUGAGGCACCCCACAGAAACAAGAAUGGAGUAGUGGACAAUGAGGCCAUGUGGAAGCCAGCCUAUGACUUCCUGCUGACGUGGGCGGCCCAAAUCGGGGACAGCUACCGGGACGUGAUCCAGGAGCUGCACAUGGGCCUAGACAAGAUGAAGAGCCCCAUCACCAAGCGCUGGAAACACCUGACGGGCACACUCAUCCUCGUCAACUGUUUGGAUAUGCUCCGGAGCUCCGCCUUCAGCUCCGCCUCUCAGGACGACUGUGCCAUCUAGACCAAACUAGCCAUCAUCAUCAUCACAAUCGUCAUCCCUCACAGGUUGCAACUUGUCUCCUCCUCUUUCAAUUUCUUUCCCAUCAGUAUAGAUAAAUGAACGAGGAAGAGAGAAAGCCCCCUUACACUGUUGAGUUGGACCUACAGACUCCAUCUUCUGCUGUCCUUCCAAUGUCGAUCACCAUCCUAACCCAACCCCUGACCCUACCCUUCUGGAUCAUUUUUGCAUAUCUACCUAAAAUGUAGAACAUACCUUAUUCCCUGUUUUUGUAUUGGAGAUUCUGCACAACAGCUGCCUGUCUGUCUGCUCCCUCUGAGUCCUGCUUCCUCCGAAUCUGCCUUCAGUCUCUCACCCCUGGGAGGACGAGAGCACUAGACUGCCCCCCUCACCCACCAACCUUCGUAUUGCCACCAGCCAAACUACACAAUGCUACAGUCUCAGUAUACACAAAUACUAUUUUAAUUGUCACUACCUGGCAUGGUAUGUAUUUUUGUACUCUAAAUAUGGCACCACAUUUUUUUUAAGACUCUUUGACACCUUCCGUUCAUGACUGUGGACUCGACCCAUUUCUAAGAGAAUAAACCAUUUUGAAAUGGUGUCCAUGUUCUUUAGUCUUUGUCACGUGUGUCAAACAAGCUGAAUGCGUUUAUUUAUAAAGCUCUGUAAUUGUUAAGAUGAACGUGCACUCUUGUUGUUCAGGGUUUCCUCCUCAACUCAUUUGUUUGAGAACUGUGUAUAUUUCAAAUAGUCUUUCUGCUUCUUCUCUCACUUCUUUAUCACCUCGUUCUUUUAAAAGGAACCUUAAAUGCCUGCCGUUGUUUUUUUUUUACUCCUUUUUUAAAGAUAUUUUGUACCAAAGCUUGUCAGCAGUUAAUAUGGUUCCACAUAUAGCUACUGUAGAUGGCCUCAUUCAAUGUCCAACCACUGUUGUGCAAUGCUAAUUCUACGUUAAAGAUCAUGUAUAUGUUUCGACCACUGUAUGUGUUGUGUUCCGUGAUGAGUACUGUAUAGCUUGCUUCAUGUUCAUCCACAUUUUGCAUCCGUUUUGACUGCAUACUUUUGUGGAGAAUAAUAUGAAUAAAAUGUAAAUAUUUAUACACAAUU